AGAACGUGGAGUCUAAUCACGUGAUAUGGACGUCUCGCCUCCUCUUAUGUGGUUGAAUUUUGUUGUUUUAAAAACAAAUUACGACAAGCUUUGACAUUAGUCCACUCACCAGGGUCUUCUUGUCACUGGUACUGUGAGUGUGCUACUCUAAGCAACAGUCAUGAGGGUCUCCACAAGCAAACUCCAGCAGAUGGCCAUCUACACCACCUUGUUGACUGGUGCUGGCUGCGGCACGAUGUACUACCUUCUGCAAAAGAACUUCUCGCGGUCGGACUACCACCGUCUAGCCCUGGAGCAGCUGAAAGCCAACCAGACAGCCAUGGACAGUCUGGGAGCACCACCCCUGAAGGUCCACAACAUCCACCUGUCUGACCGACACAACCGGGUGGAACCUUACACAGCUGAGAUCAAAAUCCCAGUGACAGGAUCUAAAGAUGGUGGCUACCUCUACACAUCCUCAGUAAGAGACCCCCAAACACUUAGGUGGAAUUUAACGCAGGCAGUGCUGCAGCUUAGAGAGGGUCAGCGUAUUGACCUUCUCACCUUCACACCAUCAACACCACCGCCAAAUAAGACAGAGGGACUUGAGACAGGCAACUGGUCCUCCUGAUCUGCUCACCAGUCACCAAAACUACAGUGUGAUGAAGAUAGAACUGCUGCAAUUGUCCCCCUGUCAUCAUGCAUGGUGUCGCCAUAGCUUUAUCAAUUGAAGUGUAGAUAGUCAUAUUUGAAAAAAGCACCAGAGUGCAGUGCACACCAUUGGAUACUUAUUUAGACAAAGGGCAUACACAAGCUGCCUCUUGGUUUGGAAUCACCAUAGUAAUGUCGAUGAUUUGACCAAUGUUUAUUGAUGCUACUUUGUACAUGACAUUUACAUACAGGGUAUAUACUGUAUAAGAAACAGGAAAAAAGUGUUAUGUCCAUUAAAUGUCAUGCAUAUUUCUUAUAAACAGUGCUGUCCUGAGCAAAAUGUGAAUCCUACUUAGGAGAAUGAAAGGACAAUGACAGCGCAGCAAUUGUUCUACACAUUCCUAGUAUAAUACAAUGCAUCUUAUGAACAUUUCUCCAAAUGAACCAUGUAAUUGCCAGUGUUGGGGAUGCUACUCUGAAAAUAUUUUGCCAGUUACCAAUUACUUCACACUGGAAGAAGUUAAGCUACAUUAAGCUACCUUUAAGAAAAAUAUAGUUUACUUAACUAAAGUUACUUUGAAAAAGUAGUUCACUACAUUCAAACUACUUUGUGAAUAAUUAUAAUUAAAUCUGAAAUGUCAUAGAAUACAAAUUGCAAGAACUUAUCACUCUGUACUAAGAUGUUAACAGAAUGUGUAAUUUAUCCUAUUAAACACAAAAAACUGUUUCAAGUGAGAAUUAGUCAGGUCUGGUGACAAAAAAAGAAAGGACAUUUUUGCCUACUUCAUCCAUAUUUUCUUUUGGCAAAAAGAAAGUAGUGUUUCGUUCUAAUUUAACUACAUUUAGUUCAGCACACCCCAACACUGGUAAUUGCUUAGUCCAAAGCCAUCAUAUCUUAAUAUUCGGCACUUGAGAAACAUUAGGCAAUGGUUCCAGUUGUACUGUACAGUAUCUGAACAACCAGAAAUGUUGUCUCCCAACUCUCAAAAGGAGGUAUUGUUCUAUGUUUUCAGAUUGAUUUAUUAGGACGUGACAUUUUACAGUGAAAAGGAGAUCUGUAAAACGUGUAAACUAAAGGUGGAAAUAAACAAAAUGAAAUAACA